AUGAGCUUGACUUUCACCGGAUCGACUCUCCCGACAUGGACGAGCGCUUUGGCAGCACCUACGGCGACGGGCGGUAGCGGCGAUGGAUCGGGCGGCGACGAUGAUGGAGAUGCGCUGCAGAGGUGGUCGUCCCUGAUCGGCAUCAUCACGGCUAUAGUGGGAAACGUGCUGAUUGCACUCGCCCUCAACGUGCAGCGAUAUGCGCACACGCGGCUGCACAAGGAGCGCAAGAGGAGAAAACAGGGGGCUCGGGCAGCGCUGAAGCGGGCGCAGAGCAGCAACAGCAGCAAUGGGAGCACGCAGGUGGGCGUCUACGGAACGAUUAUCGGCGACGGUACGGGAAAUGGAGAUGGCAACGGCUAUCAGAAUGGCGAAGGCAACGGCUUCUCAAUACCAAACUACGACGAGCCCGAGGACGAGCACGAAUAUCUCGAGAACGAGCCGCUGAUGGGGUCCUUUCAGUCGACCGCCACCACGGCUAGCACCGAUACCGACACUGAGCCCAAAACGUCAUCCUCAAACUAUCUCAAAUCGCCGUACUGGUGGCUCGGCCAGAUCUUGAUAACGUUGGGAGAAGCAGGCAAUUUCCUGGCGUACGGCUUUGCGCCCGCCUCCAUCGUCUCGCCGCUGGGCGUCGUUGCGCUGGUGUCCAACUGCAUUAUUGCGCCCGCCAUGUUUCACGAAAAGUUUAGGCUUCGCGACUUUUGGGGCGUCGUGAUUGCUGUGUCGGGCGUUGUUACCGUUGUCUUGAGUGCGAAUCAGAAGGAGACGAAGCUGAAUCCUCACGACGUAUGGGGAGCUAUCACGACGAUGGAGUUUGAGAUAUAUUUUGGUGUCACCACGUUUCUCAUCAUUGUUCUCAUGUGGGCUAGUGCUAAAUAUGGAAAACGGACCAUUCUCAUCGACCUUGGCCUCGUUGGCCUUUUCGGAGGAUAUACGGCUUUGGCCACCAAAGGCGUCUCAUCAAUGCUCUCUACAAGCUUUGUUGCGGCCUUUACAACCCCCGUCACAUAUGCACUCAUAUUCGUCCUUUUAUCGACUGCCGUUAUGCAGAUUCGCUAUGUCAACAAGGCGCUGUCCCGCUUCGACUCGACUCAAGUCAUUCCCAUCCAGUUCGUCAUGUUCACACUGUGUGUCAUCAUUGGCAGUGCCGUUUUAUAUCGCGACUUUGAGAAGACGAACAUGAAACAGGCCGCCAAGUUCGUCGGGGGCUGUCUUCUCACCUUCUUUGGUGUCUUUCUCAUUACGUCUGGGAGAGAGCGCAGAGAUGACGAUGAUGAUGAAGAUACACUAUCCGAAGCCGACGGAGUCGAGGAGACUAUUGGCCUCACGCAGCACGACGGUAGCGCCUCGUCUUCUGCGAUUCCUCAGCCGCAACAAAAUCGGCGCCGACUGAGCAUACCUGCAACACCAUCCCGCCGAUCCAGCAGAAUGUCGCGAGUGAGCUUUGCUGAGACGAUGAAGCCGGGCUCGGCUCACAACGGCAUUGAGUCUUCUGCGACCCACUACUUUGAGCCAACACACUCUCCUGCGCAUCUCGAAGGCGACGAGGCUCAUGUUCUUGUCAGUAACCCAUGGCAAGGCCUAUAUGUGAGCCCGGACCCUCCUCGAGGAACUAGGACUGUCUCAGCCGAGUCUGUCCUCACCAGAUCUGCACUCGCCACUACGCCUAUACAACCACAUCCGAUUUCGUCCUUAAGAGACGGCCAGGGAAUUUCGUCUCAUUCUCACUCGAAUUCUGUCGAACGACCGGUCACGCCCCGAGCGCCACACAGUUCCAAAUCUGGCCACCGAGCAAGGCCCUUCAUUUCACCUUCACCCUUCUCCUCUACAGUCACAACAGCAGUCAAAGACGUGAUACUUCGGGAAAACGACAGCCCAGAAGCGACCGCAUCUUCUCUACGACGAAUACGAUCCAGCAUACGAGCAAGUCUCUUCUUUAACAGCGACGAUGAGGAUGUCUUCAUGCCUGAGCGCAUCGCGGAGCUGCCGAUUGUUCCGGUAUCAGAGGGCAAUCUGCCAGAAGCCUUGGGCCAUGAUGAGUCUGGGCCAAGUGCUGAUGCAAAAGUUUCAAGGGGGAGAUCACGAAGUCUAAGCGAUACAAUAGGAGAGUUUUUUCGCCCUAAAAAACAGAGGAAGCAGGAUUUAACAGCGGCACCCGACGAAGACAGCGGCACUUUAUUAGAGGGCGACGAUGAUCAGCAGCAGCAAUCAAGUCGCAGUCCAUAA